AUGGCUAUUGUAUAUGAAGAUAUGGUGUUGAUUAAAUAUGCUGAGAAAGAAGGUGAUAACACUUUGAUAACUAUUAGUUGUCCUGAUAAAAUUGGAUUGGGUUGUGAUUUAUGCAGAGUUUUAUUUCAAUUUGGUCUCACCAUUGAUAAAGCAGAUUUCUCGACCGAUGGAAGAUGGUGUUACUUGGUAUUUUGGGUUGUUGGUAAGCAAACAACACGAUGGAGUUUAUUGAAGGAGAGAAUGUUGAAUGUCUGUCCGAUAUGUUUACCGGAACUUUCUAAAAUUUAUUACUAUAAAUCACAGUUUGAGAAACCUACAAGUUCGAAUUUGUUUCUUUUGAAGUUCUUCCUCAACAAUGAUCAAAGUACACUCUUACAUGAUGUAACAAAGGUUCUUAACGAGUUGGAGCUCACGAUAAGAAGAGUUAAGGUGUCCACUACACCGGAGGAGAGGAUCGUGAAUCUAUUCUUUGUUAUUGACACUAGAGACGAGCUUCACACGAAGAAGAGACAAGACGAGACAAUUAGUCUAUUGAACGACACAAUUGGAGUAGACAUGAUUACUUGUGAAAUCAAACCAGUUGGUGCUGAAGUUUCAACAUCCAAUUCAUUUAUUCCUCGUGAGGAAGAGAUGUAUUCUCUCUUUUGUCUCCCUAACGAAAUAGAGAAGAACGACGUCGGUUUAUUUGUCUCUAGUCCCGUUUCUAUAACUUUGGAUAAUACCCUUAGCCCCUCUCAUUCGCGUAUUCAAAUUGUUUGCCAAAAUCGUAAGGGUCUCGUUUAUGACGUCAUGAGAACACUAAAAGACAACAAUAUUAAGGUGUGUCAUGGUCGAUUUUUCACAAAAGUGAAUUGCGAGUUUGAUUUGUUGGUGAUGAGAAUAGUGGACGAGGAUAAGCAAAAUGAGUUGUGCUCACGUUUGAGAAUGGAACUCCUAUGUCCUUUGAGGAUGGAGACGAUGAGACGUGGACCUAACAAUAACACCGAGUUGAUUGUAGUUAAUCCGGUUGAGGUUUUAUCUAACCGUGGGAGGCCUCUAGUGUUUCAUGAUAUCACACAUGGAUUAAAGUCUCUUGAUGUUGGCAUAUUUUGGGUGGAGAUAGUAAGACAUAGGAUUCAUGAUCAAGAAUGGGAAGUUUACAAGAUCUUACUUGAUGAUCAUGAUGAUGAUGGGGAUGAAGACAUUCCUUUCAGUAGGAAUGUUAUUGAAGAUUGUGUUAGGAAGAAGUUGAUGAGUUGGGAAUGA